AAACGUUGCAUGCCUCGCUUGAGAUGGGCGCUUCAGCUUGCUGACACCAUAAUGAAUUUUCUCAUCCAAUUGCACCUUUAUAAAGUCGCCAUCGUCGUCCUGUAGAGUGAGUUCUGCUCUUGUCGGAUAAUGUCUCGCUUUGCCUACUGACUAUAUCGUCCUUGUCCUUUUUCUAAGCCAGCGGGAAGGGCAUAUUUAAGGAGUGUAUCUUCUUUCGUACCACUCAAUCAUGCAUUCCUUCCUUUCGCUUCCACAAGAACUAAUCGACGAGAUUAUCGACAAUCUACAUGACGAUGGAGCAGCUCUCGCUGCAUGCUCCCUCGUCGCCAACACCUGGCUUCCGUCCAGUCAAAGACACCUCUUUCAAGGCAUAACCGUCCAUCUAAAAGAUGGUGUGAUUCCUCCAAAUCGCCGGAUGCUGGAUUUCCAAAGCUUCCUUCAAAAUUCCCCUCGCUGUCGUGACUAUAUCCGCACUCUAGCUUUGGUGGAAGCACCUGGCUCUUCCGUCAUGCUGGAUCUGCCUUUAUUAUACGCUAUUACGAGUAUGUUGGAUCACCUUCGUUGCCUUAAGUUGAUCAGGGUUAGCUGGCCAUCAAGCGGAGCCUCUCAUAAUCAAUGUUCACAUGUUCGCGAGAUAGUGCUCCAACAUAAUCGUAUCCAGGAUGAAGCCGAUCUGUGGAACUUCUUUGAAUGGUUUCCAGGUGUUACAAAGUUGACGUUGGAAGUAUUUCAACCAAUCGUCGUUACGCCCACACGCAAGCUUCCGGCCCCGUCGAUAUCAUUGGAAACCCUCUGUUUACGCUUCAUCCCUUCACAGUUCCUCCAAGGACUCCUUUCCACCCCAUCUAUUCAUUCUUUGCGUUGUUUGGAUUUCGGCUGGGUCAUGUACCCGUACCACCUGUCUCUUGUAGGCAAUCUCAUUGAUUCCGCGGGGCUGAACUUAACGGACUUGCGCAUUGGACUACAACUGUGGCAUGUGGAGGAUACAGAUGAUGCAGUCUUUGAUGACCCAUAUAUGGCUUGGGCACCACUGGGGAUAGACCGUUGUACAUCUCUGCAAUCGUUCACCCUUCUUCUUGACCGAGAUGAUUUCACUGUCCGACCACAGUUCUUUACUGCCGCGAUCGACCAUAUUCCUUCCUCCAUCCACUCUCUUGCGAUAGGCCUCGACCUCAGUGAUGAAUCAAUGGUCAUUCACAACGUCAUAUUGCCGGAGUGCGAUUGGGCACGCUUGGAUCGGAAGUGUGCUCAAAUGAGGAACCUUCGGAGUGUGCGGUUCUUCCAAGUAGAUUCGCAAGGAUAUGAGACUUGCGAACCGGAUGGCAACGUACGCGAAAUUAUCUCUACAUGUUUGCCGGGACUUCAGCAACGCAAUAUCCUUUGCUUUGACGAAUGAGGUAUGUCAAUGUGCAAGAUGUAGCACGAACCCGAUCCCGAAUGUAUACCGCUUCUACUUAGCUUUAUACACACGUACUUAGUGGGCUUCGCUGUUCACUCGAGCAUUCUCUUCCAGUCGCCGUACGAGAAUGGCAAGUAUAUAAGAUCAUAUAUGUAGUCGAUUUUCUCUUUUGUAACCGUUCCAGGUUGGGUGGGCUCAACAGAGGUGGAACGGAUGAAUC